AUGAGCACAAGAGGGAAUCCUACUCUAGUCAGCCAGACGGAAGUCAGCACCGCAAGUGGUGGUGGUGGUCCGACCCCGCAAGAUGAUCUGGCAGUCAGAGAAUCUGCCACUGCUGGUCUGCCAGCACUCUGGUGGGUUCCCGCAAUCGCCGACCCAGACGUCAUCUUCCACUGGGACCAUCUAUCAUUCCUCUAUGGAGCAGUAGCUGGACAAACUAGCCCAUACUCUCGGUGGUCUGAUGCGAGACUGACACGUUCAUUACUUCCCAACCACGCUCUGCUACGUCUUUUUCUUUUUUCCUUUCUCUUUUUGUUUUUGAAGAGCCGCGAGCCUCGGCUCAUGCUUCGGGGACUUAGGCCGUGGCAGCGCUUUGCCGUUACCUCCUCCAGCUUGCGACCGCAACUUCCGGUCGCGGCGAUGUCGACUUCUGCCAGCAAUCUUAACAAUGGACUGGGAUCCUUCUCUGUCAGCUGCCCGCCGGGGCUAUCGAAAGAGGAUCUGUCACGAUUUCCAGCAUUCCGUGUUUGGUUUGCCACAUUACAACGCUCUUUGAGUCGUCAAAAAGACCCAUCGCACGAGUUCCAUAAAGACCCUUAUUUAUUGCGCAAAAUCGAAGUCCAGGCGGUGGAUUUCUUCCAAGGAGGGAGACUGGGCUUUGUGAAACUGAGAGCAGAAAUAUCGAAUGCUGGCGGCGAGAGUCUUCCUGGGAGCGUUUUUCUGCGCGGCGGAAGCGUUGGCAUGCUACUUCUCCUUCAACCGCACGAUGUUCCUUCCACUGAAGAGGACGAUAAAUGGGCAGUCCUUACGGUACAACCACGCAUACCCGCUGGCUCACUUGCGUUCUCGGAGAUCCCAGCAGGAAUGCUAGAUGAUAGCGUCACUGGACGAGCCGGAAGACGGCGAGACCCUUCAAAAAGCAGUAUAUCCAUCCCCCGGUGGCAGCGACGAGUUCAUACCCUUGUUCUUAUGCGAGAAACGAAUAGCACGCAAAGAUAUUGA